GUGGCUGGCCGUCGAGCUGAUCCACUACCGUUCGUCGCAGCAAGUGGAGUACCGCGAUUGGGGAAAUCUGGUUUACGUUCCACACCUCGUCCCUUUGGGGUCUCUUCUGGUCUCGAGCAUCCUCUGAACAUACUAUUAGGAUGAUCAUCACAACACCACUUUUCAGGAAUUCCACUGAUCUCGUACGGAGCAUGAUACUCAACAUGGCGCCAUUUCAAGCACUUAUCGCACUGUAUGGUGUGCCCAAUCCUAAGAUAACGCUUUUUUCGAUGCUCUGCCAGAUUUGUGCAUUCUGAACUCCAGUCUGAGUUUUCGUAACCGAAGUUCUUCCAGAACGACUUAAUGCCACUUGGACCAUCACUGCCAGCUAGAUUGAUGUCUUUCCAAUAUUGUUCCAUGUGA